ACACUAUUUAUUGAAUAAAGACUUCCAUAAAUUUAUGCACUGAAAGUCUCGAAGAAAAGAGAAGGCAACAUCUCAUGACAAACAACGAUGGAUGUUGCGACCUAAACAACAGUUACAUUGAUUUUGAGCCUUAUUGCAAGUGGCGAAGAGGCGAGAAGAUCAAACGAGAAAACUCAAGAGACGGGAAGAUCAAACGAGAGUUAGGAGACAUUCUUGAGAUCCAUCUCCAUGGAUUCAAAAGGGAACAACUGAAGGCUUCCAGUGAUGGGAAAACCUUGAAACUCACCGGAGAAAUGGAACCGGAUGAGUAUUCAUUGAUCAGGAGAUUUUCUAAAGAAGUCGAUAUUUCCAAGGAUUAUCAGACAGACAACAUAAAAUUAAGUUUUAAUCGUGGCGUUCUUUCCUUGACAAUGCUUAAGAAAGUUCCUUUGUGGCGGCAGGCAUUGAAACAGCUUGGCUCAGAGGGUUUCCUUUGCACGAUGGAAAUGGAGAACAUGCAGGAAAAGUUGGUGAAAAUCACAGCAGCAGUCUUUCUUGGGAUGACUGUUGGGUAUCUUUCUUGUUAAGGUUUGGUUGAUUGAGCCAUUUCAAUGCUCAAGCUGGGAAUAUCACAUUGAAAUAACAAUAAUAAUAAUAAUAAUUCAUCAUCUUGUUUAA